AGGGUUCGGUAGCCAAGAAACAGAUGCAUGUGACCAGCUCACAUUGGGCGCCGUCCACCGUGCAAAUGAAGCCACAUGUUGGCUUUUUGCGUUCUUCCUAAACAGCGGCUGCACACUGGAUGAUGAUGGUGUAAAUAUUAAUAAUAACGUCAUUUUAAGUGCAAGCUCUCGGAUCCCCGUUUCCAACGGACAGACAAAGGGAGCCUACUGAAUUGCACUCACGCAACAACACAACUUUCUCCCCACACGUCCUUUGUAGGUCUUUGUGGCACUUCUCCAUCCGGCAGACAGGCCCUCGGUUGCCAGGUAACCGCAUGAAACACUUCCAGCUCCUGUUAGCCAGCGAAGAUAAAAGGUUCCCUUCAAUUACCGAGGGACCAUGAGCGUGCAGGAAGAGGGGCCCCGACACUACACCCUGCAGCACGGAGCGGCCCGGGUGAUCCAGAGGACCUGGAGGAGCCACGUGAACAGAGAGGUCUUCAAAUAUUUCAAAGAGCUUAUCAGCCAUUGCAACCAGCAGGAUCCCCGAGGGAUCCUAAAAACGGUCAAUCCUCGAGAGGCACAGCUGAUGGACGCUGCCGCAGGCGUCUUCAUACGAAUCCGACUCGGAGGGACUACCUUUCCUCCCAACGUCUAUUACAAGAUCUUCACCCACGCUCCCAUCGUGGACUUGUGUGCCAGCAGCCCAAAGGACUACACCAAGCCGGACCUCCAGAAGCACGCCGACAAUGGCCGGCCUCUGAUGCAGGACCGCUCAGGAUGGUACCAGCGCACGGAGAACAACGACUGGAGGCUGUUCUGUAGGAAGGUGGUUCCCACAAAUGAGCCCAAAGAGAUUGGCGCUAGCAAGAAAAUGGAUUUCCACUAUUCCAGGUUGCAGCGGCAGAAAGAUGUAGCUAAGUGGAGGAAGAAGAGGAAAAUUGAAUGGCUGACGCAGAUGUACAACCAGGGCCGUCUGCAGACUCAGCCGGUACAACAGCACGUAGUGACGCUGUUGGUGGAUUAUGUCCAGCAGGCGAUGGAGGCCGUUGAAGAGAGGCGACACGAGGAGGUUCUGGACAAGAAGCUGGACGAGCUGAUGGCCUGGACCAACGCUCUCAACUUUGAGGAGUACAUGCAGGAUUGGAGGUGUCUGGGCUGCACUCACUCCUCUCAGCCGAGCACAGAUGUUCAUUCAUAUCCACCAGAGUAGACCCACAGGAGUUUUCCGCUCAGGCAGAUGACGGGUUGGUCUUAGGUAGAAACUGAAUAAAAUAAC